ACUGAAAGCCGAGUGAUGCUCCUUCCAUUCUUAGCGAUUGCCCAGCCGCUAGGAUGCAGCGGAUCGCUCGGCUUCAGGGCUUUGUCCCGUAUUUUCCAAUCAUACUAUGCGCAGUGGCUUAUUCCGCCCUCAAGCCAGCAUGCGUACAUGCCUCUCUGCCUGCAUGUCUGGUUUAUUUAUUCCUUGUUCUCCGCCAGCCUGGCUUGGCGCCAGCUGCCUGAGAGGACAUUUCGUUUAUGCUCACCCGCAUUGACCUGGUGGUUGUUUGCUGGUCAACACUACCACUGCAAUGGGAGAAAGCUCUUCUCGUUUAAACAAGUCCGGCAGGGUAAGGCUGAAACAGUGGGCCCCGAAAGUCAAAUCGGGUUGCAUAACAUGCAGGAUACGACGCAUCAAGUGUGACGAGACGAAACCGAGCUGCGCGAGGUGUACGUCGACCGGAAGACACUGCGAUGGCUACGACGAUCUUGCUCUCAAGCCGAUGAUCAAGCCACCACACGUGGUGCAGAUGCCAUCGGCCUGGGCGCAGGUCUCCGGCAACACGAUCGAGAUCGAGAACUUUGCUUUCUUCCGCUCGGUUACCACCACCGAUCUGGCUGGCUUCUUCGACAUUGGCUUCUGGACCGGCAAAUUGCUCCAACUAGCGCACCAGUACCCAACUCUCUGGCAUGCCAUGACCGCGCUGGCAUGCGUACACCACGACUUUGUGACUGAUCGGACCCCGAGCACCGUCGCACGGGUAGGCGAAACUCCGAACAUGCGUUUCGCCCUGGUGCAAUUCAACAAGUCCAUCCAAUCACUUCGCAAGCUACUUUCGAGGCCGACCUUGACUCGUCUGGACAAAGUAGUGGCGCUCAGCACCUGUCUUUUGUUCACCUGCAUGGCGAGUCUCCAGGGCCGUCAAUGGCAGGCCUUUGUGCAUAUCAACUCGGGUCUCAAGAUGUUCCAUCACUGGGACUUGGGAGUCCGGAAAAGAGAACGAAUAGACCAUGAUCGGGAGAUUGAUCUGUUACUGGUGGCUUUCACGCAACUCGACAGUCAAGCCCGCCCAUACCUCCCCAACCAGAGGAACGAUUUCCAGUGGACGGACAGUCGAAUCAUCCUGUCGUCCACCAAGGAGCCAUUCCGAUCCCUGCUGGACGCGUAUCUCUCCUUAGAAGUCCACUUCAACAGUCUGAUGCGACUCAUGAUGAGCAAGGAAUUCAGCAACCCCACCCGCGUUGCCGAGAACCUCGCCAAGAAGCAGAAAUGCGUCGACGGCUUCAAGCAGUGGGACGCCCGGUUGAGCGGCUUUUUGUCCGCCGCGGCGCCUUCCGAGACGGAUGACCGGGCCCUCGACCUGCUCUACGUCCGUCGCAUCUUCGCCCACGUGUUCUUGACCCUCGAUUUCACCAAAGGCGAGCUGUGCCAUGACGACUUCUUGAAAGACUACAAGCGAAUGCUCCAUCUGGCCACCAAGCUGUUAGAUGACUUGAACUCGAGCCCCCAGGCGAGAAAAGACACCUCGCGUCCCAGCUUCUGUCUCUCAACCACCGUGGCCGAGCCAUUGUUCCUCAUUGCGACCCGCUGUCGGGAACCCACCGUCCGUCGCAAUGCACUCCGCUUACUGCAGCAGUACCCGCGCCGCGAGGGGAUCUGCGAGGGGAUGGUCGCCGCGAAGAUCGCCGAGACGAUGAUCGAGAUCGAGGAGAAGGGGUGUCAUAGCGGACACGCGGACUCCUCGUGUACGACUGGACAGUGGGUGUGUGGGGUGCACCGCGUGGCGAUCGUGGACUUUGUCCUUGUUGCGGAACGGCAGGUCAAGAUUCAGAUGCAGACCGUCGAGGAUCUGAUGCUGGGAAGGCCCGAGAGGGUCUUAGUCACUAGUUACUGGUGACAUUCUCUAGACUUGUAUAUAGAUUGGACUUGAAUCGUACUUCGUCCUCGCAGUGAUGGCCCAGCUCGAGCACGCAGGCUAGUUCGUAGGAGGAUGAUC